AUGACAACUACUCUUCAACCUCGCACUAGCGAAACAACACCACUCUAUCUCAGUAUACGCCUAACGACUCACGUAAAGCAAAAGCCAACUAUCGGUACCUGUGAUAUCGCUUAUAGGGAUGAGCCGUUGGAGCGGAUACCAGACGACUAUGUCCAGCCUAAACUGCAACACAACCGCUAUGGCAACGUGAUUCCACAACACUCGUGGGUGUAUACCUCUGCCGUCUUCACACCUGCCCCUUACACUCGCUCCAUGAAGAUCACUAUGCGAUGCUACGAUGAUAAGGUCUCAGACACACGGCUAUCCAUCAUUGCAGUCGAUGAAUAUAAGCACGUGUCCGAAGCAGCUAUGCGGGAGGAUGUCGCUCGCUAUGUCGAUGCAGUAGUGCAGACUCCAGCAGGUCAACAAGCGCAGAUAAGACAGGUGAUGACUAGCACAAGCUAUGAUAUUGACCUUCAAGAUCCAGUGACCGGACAAAACAAUUGGUGGAGUCUACUGCAAUGGUCGGCUUGUAACACAAGGGCGUAUCCAGUUGGAAGGCGUAUUCCGGAACAGAACAUGGAGAGAAUGAGAGAAAUUCGUGAGGACUGGGAACGGGAAACAGACUCGGAGGCUUUCGGAUGUGUGGAGGAGGGAAAGAAGGAUUGGUUGGAACUCCAUGCUGUGUUGGACUUGGUCCAGGUGAACGCUGACGUUGAAGAAGAAACGAUAAAGUUUGAAACGGAGGGGGACAGUAAGAUGAUCGGAAUGAGUGCAGAGCAUAUGAUAUGGCUGAGAGAAAGACAUGAUCAUGAGUUGGACGCGAUCUACUACAGACUUCUAGAAGAAGGUCCGAAGUCUUCUUCCGGGAACAAGCUACACCUUACGCCAUGA